AUGCCCUUUUUUAUGAUUGAUUUACAGUUGAAAAUUACAGUCAAUAGUAAAUAUAAUCACAUUAACAAUCGGAAUAGCCAUCUGAUAAAUCCUACACAUUCUGACCAGUCAUCACGACAAGAAACUGUACUUAUAGAGAAUAAUGUUAAAACAGAUAAGAUACAAGAUACAACAAGAUCAAAUGAUCCAAUGCUCUAUACUGGAUUUUGGCAUCGUUUAUUUAAAAAAUCUAAAAAUACAGACAAUGAGACAUUAUACAUCCAUACAAAUAUUUCAAAUGAUCAACAGAAAAAGUCCAAUGUACAGUCAGAUAAUGCGCAAACUACUAUUACUUAUCAACGUACCACUAAUCAUAAAUUACCACCUGAUAAUGUAGACUCGAAAUCUCGACCAGUUUCAAUUGGUUCAACAGAGUUGAAGAAAAAUAAUCCAUACAUGUUUGAACGAAAACAUCUCUCCGAUUAUGGACAUCAUCAAUUUCAAAUUACAUCAGUAUCGAAUAAAAAAUUACGUUUAUUGCGUAAUCAUAGUCCUUAUCAACCGAAUGUCACAACUAGUAGUCAUAAUAAUAGUAAUAAUAAUAAUAAUCAUAUUACUGAUAAUAAUAAUAGUAGUAGUAGUCAUAGUAGUACAAAUUCUUCAUUGUUAACGACCACAAUUCAACGGAUUCCUGAAGCUGAAUUAACUCAGACACAUGUUCAUAAUCAUAAUAACAAUAAUAUUAGUCAUACACAUACUCAUAUUCAUAAAAGAAUUCCAUCGAAAUUAGAUUUAAAAACAAAAUCGUCGAAUUUAUCAAGACGUGAAUCAAAAAGUCAAAAUUAUUUACACUUGGAUGCAUCGCCUAAAAUGCGUUAUGUACGUAAAUUGCAUACAUUUGCUAGUGUACCAGAUUUGACCAAAAAACCAAUACGUAGUGCAUUGAAAGGUAGUAGAAAUAACAGUGCUCAUCGAUCAGUACAUGGAAGUGAACAAGUUGUUAUGUCACCGAAUCCAUUAAAUUCCGACUCGUUUUCAUUAACUCCACCUACACCGGUGGAAUUAAGACAUUUAGUACAUUUUCAAUCAUCCGAUAUACCAACUACAACAUUGAGUCUGAAACCGGUAAAUAAAACUGAUUUGCAAAAAUCCACUGAUUCUGAUUGGAUACCGAAUAAAUUUGAUUUUUCUAAUGUCAGCACGAAAAUAUCACCUGUACCGCUAUCGAUCGGAUAUAGUAAAUAUUCACCGGAAUUAAAACGUUCACAUGAAUCGAAUAGAAAACAGUUAGAUUUUUCAAUAAAUUAUAAAAAUAAUGAUGAUACUACUAAUGGUGAGGAAGCAUCUCAAGAUACAGAGAAUUUGAUGAAUACUUCAACGAAUGUCGAUAUGUCAUCAAGUCAUUCUGAGAUGAAUGAUGUCAAGAUUGUAGAAGCAGAAGUUGACAAUGAUGAUAGUGAAGAGAAUUUUGAUAAUUCAAUCCCGAAAUUUCAUUCAAAAGUAAGUGUUUCAUUGUGA